AUGGGUGUAUUUGACGAAGUUAAAUCAAAAAAUUUCUCGCUCUAUGGCCAAUGGCUUGGCAUCAUCUCUAUUAUCUUGUUGAUUGCGCUGGGUAUUGUUGGCUUCCUUAGCCAUGUUGUUUUCAGUAUUGUUGGAUGGGUUAUCGCUUUCAUUCUCGUCGUGGUAGAAAUUCCAUUAUGUAUGAAGUUUUGCCCAACAAGCCCUAAAUUUGAUGGCUUCAUUGCCUACUUUGAAAAUUGCUACUUCCGCGCUAUUUUAUACUUGGUAUUUGCUGUAGUCAUGUUCCUCUCAAAUUUGAUCAAUGUCGGACCUCUCAUCGCCUGUGGUGUUUCACUCUUGCUCGCUGCUAUUUGUUAUGGAAUUGCUGCUGUUACAGGCCAAGCAUUUGCCAGUUCAAAGAUUCUCGGCGGCACGGGUGUUGAUAACGUUGUAUAA